GUUUACAGCUGCUCAGCCUGUUGCACCUGUUGGUGCAGGAAGCUGGAGGCUCUGCUCUCCUCCUCUCCAGUGUUUCGUGGCGAGUCCUUCGGCUGCUUUCGCUGCACGAACAGGCAAGAUAUUAGAUUGUGCCGGUGAAUUGCUUUCCACAUCUUCGUUCGAUGGACCGUUACAGAUAUUUCAUCUUUAAUCAGCGAGGCAUGUUUGUCCUGGGAAUCCUGCAGAUAGUUUGUGCCACAGUGUGCGUGGUCUCCGGCUUCGUGGAUUCAACCUUUAGGAAGGAUUCCAUUCUCAGUAGGACCAGAGCACCAGUCUGGGCUGGCACGUUCAUGGGUCUUCCUGGAGUGCUGGCCCUGUUUUCUUCACAGAAAAGGAACCCGGUUCUCGUGAAUAGUAUGAUUGGAUCAGGUGUGAUUUCCUGGUUUACUACAACUAUUGUGAUUCUAUAUGCUGCUUUGACUUUGAACUAUGGGGAGGAUGAUGAUGAAGUAUUUCAGCACAAACCGAGCUACAUCAUUCAUGCGGAGUAUAUCCUCAGCAAGUUGGUUCAAGGAGCAAAUAUGGCUAUUUUAAUCUCUUCUGUUUUUGGCCUCAUGAUUGCAACAGUCAUAGCUUACCUUGGAUGCCGAAGUCUUCCCAAUUGUGCUUGCUACGAUAGUACGACUGGAAUGCAAUCCUUAUUGACUGAGGAACGUCACCCUCAGGCAAUCGAGCUGGUCUGUACCUGGCAGGGUGUUAGUGAACAGCGAAUUCUGAAUGAUCCAGUUCAGCUCAAGGACUGGGAUUUAGACUCAGAGGAAGCAGAGUUUUCAACAAAACCGCCCCCUUACAUCCGAUUCGCUUAAAUUCGACUUAUAUUGGCGACAAAUUGGUUGGCUAUUCAUACCAGGAUUCAAAGAAAAUGUUACCUCUGUCAGACCUUGAUGAUGUGAAGUUUGUUUUUAAAAAUAGUGCCUUCAGCUGGGGUGGGGGAAGGUUCUUGUGGCCUUUCGGAUCUACAAUAACUCAAGCAGUUGUUCUUUUGUACUCUUAUUUCACAGUGCAUAAGGUGCUUAAAACUCGAGUGCCAUGCAGUUAAUGGUGAGGGCCCAGUAAUUAAGAGAUUUAAAGCUAUUGGGGUGAAAGAUAUUGUGUGUUAGAUAUGUAAACAUUUUAAAGAGUGAACAUGCUGCUUGAAGCUGCACUGUGAGUCAGUUUUAAUUUUUUUAAAAAGAGUGGGCAGCCUUAAAUAAGUGAACUUACAAAAAUUGUACCUUUUGUUAUCCACUCUAACUUCCUUUAUUCUGCCAAUAGCAGAAAGGGGGCUGGAGUUGAACAAAAAACUCAAAAUGAAACAAAACCAUUUGGAACUUGUAGAACAGAUUUGGGAUGGGUUGUAUUUUAUGGGUAGCUUAUUUUAAAUGUUCCACUUCAGUCUGAAGAGUAUGUCUUCAUAUUCUUUAUGCUGCGUAAAGAGAGAUUUCUGUAUUAUAGUUUGUUAUAGUUUAUUUUUGAUGUAUAAGAUGCAAGUUUGAACUGUGAAGGAAAAAANUUAUUCUUAUUAAUGGGCUGUGUCACUUGAGGGUUUAUGUAGUUUCUGGAGUCCUGUAGUUCAGUAGUUAGAGCACACGCCUCGCAAACUGGAGGACCUGGGUUAGAUUCUGGAUAGGGUGAAACACUGGCCGAGUUUCCUUACUCCACACGCUUCUGUUCACCUAGCUGUAAAUAG